AUGGUGCCACAGAGUAGUGGUGAUACAGGAACUGCUAGUGCGAGUGCUGAACCUACUGUUCCUUCACAAGAACCAGUUAAGACCAUCUCUGUCGAAACAAUAAAUUCGAGUGAGACAUCUGAGGUUGAGACAGAGAAGCACCCAAUUGAGAGCAAAGAGAUACAAGUCGUUGACAAGCCUGUGAUUGAAGAAAAACCAGUACCAGCAUCCCAUGACAAGCUAGUCACUGGAUCUUCACCUAGAGUUAUUGACGUUCAAGUCGAUGAUGAUGAUGAUGAUGAUGAUGUUGAUGAUUGGUUGAAGGAGGAAGAUAAUGCAGGACAUGUUAGCUCCUCCACCGUAGCAACCAAACAUGUUGUGGAUGAGGAUGAAGAUGUAACAUUCAGUGAUCUUGAAGAUGAUGACGAUGAUGUGCCAGUGAGUUACAAGAAAUGA